GGGUUAUAUAAUUCUAGCCUGAACCUGUCUUGUGUUUACAUCACAAAUUGACCUGUGGCAAAAGACUUUCUGUUAAAAAAAAAAAUCAGUCUAAAACAAUGACAGCAGCUCUAAUAAUGAAUGUAAAUGUUGAUUUAGCUGUGUUUGUAUCAGUUCCAGAGAACCCAGAAAAUGUGUUUACGCUAAGGAAAUUUGAGGGGAGACUUAGAAAUGGCGUAAAUUUCACAAAAAGGAGUGAUGCGUGUGACGUAAUCCCAAAGGUGAGUGAAUUAACAGAGAUGACACUUGAGGUUUUACCUGCUCAAGGGACCAAAAGGAAGGCUGACACAAAGCCUGAGAAACAGAAAGUCGAAGACGCCAAGACAGUUGUGGCGGCCAAAGCGAGCGAACAAAAGGCGAACACAAAAAGAGGGACCAUCAAAAGACUCAAAAGUACGUUACCAGUGAAGACAACGAUGGCUGAAGCGACCAUAGAAAAGUCUUUCACAAAACCUGAGAGCCUCAUAAGGAAGCAAAGGUCCAAAGCCGCAGAAUUGUCUAUGACGGCCACAGCGACCAGGUUAGUGUCUGGCCCAAAACAAAAGACUCUCACAAGUAAGCAAAAAGUCAAAGCCCAAAAGUCACCUGUGAAGGCAGUGCAAGUUAAAGGAAUCAAGGAAAAGUCUGGCACUAAAUCUGUGGUGCACAUAACGAAACAGAAGAGCAAAGUCGCAAAAAAGCUUGUUAAGACUGUGCCACAAAAAGGGACCAAACUGAAAUCUGGCGCAAAACGAAAGACCACAAGCAAGCAAAGAGUCAAAGUCAAAAAGUUACCAGUUAAGGCUGUGCCGGUAAAAGUAUCCAAAGUAAUGUCCGGCAAAAAUCGAGAUCAUCUCCGCCUUAAGAAGACUGUCGGGACAAAGGCAACAAAGCGGAAGGCUGAUGAUAUAAGAGAAGAUGCCACCAGAAAGAAGCAGCGGGUUGAAGAUACCGUUGCGAUCGAGAAGAAUCUUCUGCCUCGAGGCAGCAACAGACCAUCUGGCACAACCCUCAAAAGGGAGCAGAAAGGUAAACCAACUGAAGGGUCUGUCAACGCGACCAAACGGAAACACAACACAAAAACCGACACUUUCAUAACGAAGCAGAGGGUCAAGGAUACCAAAGUUUUGUGGAAGACUAUGCAGGAUAAAGGCAACAAGAGACACUGUGUCACAAAAGCAGAGACCCUCAUAAGUGAGCAGAGAGUCAAAUCUACUAAGGUGUCUGGGAAAGCAGCGCCACCUCGAGGACCUUUGGAAGACAAAGCAAACUGGGUGCAUGAGAAAGCUCUGCCAGCCGAGAGGGAGUCUUUCCUGAAACCAAAAACGUCUUUCUUAGAGCAAAUGAAAACAAUACUCUCCAGUGCAACAAGCAGAACCACGUUUGAGACCAGAUAUGAGAAGUUUGCCAAGAUUGGCGAAGGAGGCUUUGGAUCAGUCUAUGCAGGUCACAGGAAAAUAGACUAUAAUCCAGUGGCGAUCAAAUACAUUCCCAAAGCAAAAGUAAAAAAUGUCCCAUUGAGCAUAAACGGAAAGGUGCAGAAGGUCCCCUUGGAGGCCGUCUUCAUGCUGCAAGCAUCCAGUAUUAAGAACUCGGAUGGGAAAUCAGCAGUCGUAUCCCUGCUGGACAUAUGCGAUCUGGAGAAAGACGUCGUUCUGGUUAUGGAGAGGCCGGACCACUCUGUGGCUUUGUCUACAUACUUGACCCGGCGGACACUCGGUCUACUUGAGGAGGAUGAGGCAAAGUACAUCAUGAGGCAGCUGGUCGACGCCGCCAUCAAAAUGCACGCUGCCAACAUCUUCCAUCGAGAUCUAAAGCAGGAAAACAUUCUGCUGGAGGCCUCGCCCGGCGUCACCCGAGUGCGGGUCAUAGACUUUGGCUGCAGCUGCUUAGUCAGCAUGGAACCAUACCAUGACUAUUUUGGUAAGACAUUGAGUUUCGGCACUGAUGAUGUGUGGCAAUUGCCAGUGUCAUUGCUGUUCUCCGUCCAUUCCGUUGAAGGAACCUUAAAGUACGCUCCUCCAGAGUAUACGCAUAAGCGUCCGUAUUGCGCCGGUCCGACCACGGUGUGGCAUUUGGGUGCGCUACUUUUUGAACUGCUGGAUGGUACGCAUCGAUUCGACACGUGCAUGUUCCUUUCCAAGGGGCUUCAACUAAAUAGGGAUCUGUCUGAAGGUGAGAUACUGUGAAUAAUUGCAUUCCCUAUGACAGUAUACAGUAUACCAACAUCUCACUGUAGCCCAGUGGUUCUCAAACCUUCUACACUACGCACCACUUAACAAAAAUUCUUAGCUCCCCAAGUAAAUGACUAACAGUAAAAUACAGUUGUGCAGGCUUUAUUCCUAUAACGUACUCUAUAUGCAAUAUUAUUGUAAGUCACUGUAACAUUAUGCCAGUUUCAA